AUGGAAUUAAUAUACUCAAUGAGGCGUAAGCCUCUAAAAUGUGAACCACCAAAUUUCGAGAAUAGUGCAGACCCAGAGGAAGUCAGGCCAAUUUGUACCAUUUCAACGUGUAAUAUAAUUGCAUUUUCGUCUCUAACCGAGUUGUCUGACACUGAUGGUGAUACAUGGGGUGGUCAUGUUUACGUAUGUGAUCUGGACACGCCAUGGGAAAGCCAUAAAGUCGUUAGCACAGUGUAUCCUGUUUCUGCUCUCGAAUGGGAUGGAGAGGGCAAGCAGCUUCUGGUGGCUACAACAGUCGGUGAUGUGUCAGUCUAUACUCAGAAAGAUUAUCUACUUAAUGAAUGGACCUGUCUAUACACAGCUAGUUUCCCAGGUGAACAUAUAAUAAAAGCUGUAUUCUUUCACAAUGGACGUAGAAUAGUUGCAGUUGAAAAGAAGCCAGAUGCUCCUAUUAGUGAAAGGAUACAGAUGUUACGUUCUGUACCUACAUUAAAAGGAUUUGGUGGUGUUGCGUGCGAAGGAGCCUGUUUGAUCACAGGCACAGGCUUAGUGGGCGCUAUGAUGCCUACCGGUGAAUCCAAUCGAGCCCUCGUCGCUUCUGACUGUCUACGAGCCCCCAGAGAUCACAUUGCAGCCGCUUCCUUCACACAUAAAAACGGCAGCAUUCUAAUCGCGGCCGCGUGGCGUCGCAGCGGACGACGCGGAGUCCGCUGUGCCGCGUGCGCGCUGAGCAGGCCCACCGGUGCACGGUCCGCGCCGCUGUCGCUGGCGCUGCAGCCGCUGCCCACCGUCUACCUGCUGGACGAUGAGCCCGUAUCAAUAACUUGGUGCCUCCGUGAAGACACUGACUCUCUUCUUAUUGCUGGUUCAACAUUGACUCUCUGGAAACUGACUGAGCGCUCCUACCCAGUACACAAACUACUAUCCAAAGGUCCUGUACAAGGCAACACUACACCGGGUGGAGGCCCGAAAGCACCCACAGACUGCUUUAACACAGUGGUGUGGCAGGCGGCGGGCGCGUGGCAGGCGGGCGGCAGCGGUGGCGGCGCGUACGUGUGCAGCGCGCGGCUGGCGCAGUGCGCGCCGCACGUGCUGCUGGCGGCGCCGCGCGCGCUCCACCUGCUGUCCAGGGACAACCACCACUACGUAUGCUCUCGUGCGGUUGGCACUGCGGUGAUGCCGGAAGCUGGUGCGGCCACGCCGCCUAAGAAACCCAAGUACGGAUCAGGAGCCGUGCCGAGCGGUGCCAACUGUGCGACGGUGUCGUGCGUCGACAUUUCGCACCUGGGCGGGCUGGCGGUCGCCGUGGACACGCACUCGCAGCUGCACGUGUACAAGCUGCCGCAACCUUGUGCCGACAUACCGACUCCUCUGUCAGUCCAGCACAUUGCCAUGCAGUUAGAGUACGCUAUGGUGUCCGGCUACGACUGCUUGGAUCUGCUUAUGACUAUGAAGCACAACAUUGUUGAGGCUGUAUACGACAGGUUGACGGAGAACUUCCAGCGGCAGCCGCAAUCUUUCCAGCAGUACUAUUAUCAUAGUUGGUUGAAGCUAAGAAUUGCCCUUUGUAGCCUGGUGGGCGGUGCUCGCGGGUGUGCUGCGGCACUAACAGCGCUGCAGCUGGCUCAGGCUGCCUGGGCGGCGUGCAGCGCGGCGCUGCGCACCGACGACAAGCCCGACGCGCCGCUCGCCGCACUGCUCGACGAGCACGACCAUGAGAAGAGUCUUUUAGCUCUGGAAGCGAAGGCGGAAACGUUAGGAGAAGGGGCUUCUUCACCGUUCUUAGCGCUCCAAGCGUUGCGGCGUCCCUUGCAGCGUGCAAUCGACACAGCGCUAACAGCCCUCGCUGCUUUAGUCGCUGUUGCUGCCUCGCCGCAGAUGCAUCAGUCUAAUGGGUACGAGGUGUGGUCGGAUGGCAGCGCGCUGUGCGUGCUGCGGCGCCUGGUGGUGUGCGCGCGCGCGUGCGGGCGCGGCGGCGACGCGCUCAGCCGGCCGCUGGCGCGCCUCGCCGCCACCGCUGCCACCGCACCCGCCGCCGCUGCCACGCCGCCCGCUCCCAAGCCCGACCUGCUCGAGGAGUGCGCGUCACUGACUGCGCAGAUGACUGCUCGUGUGUGGGACGCGCUGCCGCGAUGCUCCGUGUCCGCGCCGCACGGCAAGCCGUGGCCACUCUACCUGGAGUACGACGUGGAGCCGGAAGCCCUACGUUACGUCCCCGAGCCGCCGGUGUAUGCACAGUGCGACAGCACACCUGCUGUUGCUAUGGACUCCAUCCGUUAUAUGUACCUGGGCGGUGGACGAAGGCCAGCGCGUUGGAGACGCUGCGGACGCUGCGGGGCCAAGUCCCUGCCCGCGGCGGCGCCGGCGCGCAGCACCAUACAGCGGGCCUACGAUACGCGCUUUUUGGCACAGUGCAGGUGCGGAGGAAAAUGGACGCUGUAUUCUAACAUAUAA